AUGUCGUCCUCGCCAGUCCCCGCGCUCAACACCCCGCUCACCAAGCUCCUGGGCAUCAAGUACCCGAUCAUGCUGGCCGGGAUGGCGCGCACGUCCGGCGGUCCCCUGGCCGCGGCGGUGUCGAACGCCGGCGGGAUCGGGACGAUUGGCGGGCUGGGGUAUACGCCGAAGCAGUUGCAGGAGAUCAUCGACGACCUCAAAUCCAACCUCACGGACCCCUCCCUCCCCUUCGGCGUCGACCUCGCCCUGCCCCAAGUAGGCGGCUCCGCACGCAAGACCAACCACGACUACACGCACGGCCAGCUGGACGAGCUGAUCGAAGUGACGAUCCGCAACGGGGCCAAGAUCUUCGUCAGCGCGGUCGGCGUUCCCCCCGCGCGGACCAUCAAACGUCUGCACGAGGCCGGGAUCCUGGUCAUGAACAUGGUCGGGGCACCCAAGCACGCCGAAAAGGCACUGCAGGCGGGUGUGGACAUUGUGUGCGCACAGGGCACAGAAGGGGGUGGACAUACGGGGGACAUUGCGAACAGCAUCCUGAUCCCCGCGGUGUGUGAUGUGGCCAAGAAAUACAAAUCCCCCCUGACGGGCGAACCCGCCUUGGUCGUCGCCGCGGGCGGGAUCUACGAUGGCCGCAGCCUGGCGAGUUCGCUCAUGCAAGGCGCCGUGGGCGUGUGGGUGGGGACACGCUUUGUCGCGGCCGAAGAGAGCGGCGCCAGCAGACUGCACAAGGAAGCCGUGGUGAGCGCGGAUUUUACGGACACGCUGCGCACGCUGGUCGUGUCCGGUCGGCCCCUGCGCGUCCGGCUCAACGACUACGUCGCCAAAUGGGAGUCCCAGCCCGAGCGCAUCAAGGAGCUCACGGACAGGGGCAUCGUGCCCAUGGCGUACGACCUCGAGCAGGAGGCCGAGAUCGACAUGCCCUUCCUCAUGGGCCAGGUCAGCGCCAUCAUCAAGGAUAUCAAGCCCGCCAGGCAGAUCGUCGAGGACAUGGUCACCCAGGCUGUGGAGAUGCUCAAGCUCGGCGGAACCUAUAUCGAGGCGGGCCCGAGGAGUAAGUUGUGA